AUGUCAGCGGUUCGAGUCCGCUUAUCUCCAGCCCGUGAACUUAGCGGAUACUAUGAUAGCACCGAAGGUUGCCAAUUCGUCAGUUCGAUCUAUGAUUUCGCAUUCAUGGACGUUGAUAAGAUCCUUCCAUUUAGUAGCACCUUAGGAUGGCAUAGCCUUAACGUUAAUGGCGAGGUUCAAAAGAGGAAAGGCUUGCGGUGGAUACCUAGGCACCCAGAGACGAGGAAGGGCGUAGCAAGCGACGAAAUGCUUCGGGGAGUUGAAAAUAAGCAUAGAUCCGGAGAUUCCCAAAUAGGUCAACCUUUUGAACUGCCUGCUGAAUCCAUGAGCAGGCAAGAGACAACCUGGCGAACUGAAACAUCUUAG